AUGUCCCUAAAGCUCCAAGAGGCCAUACCGGGUAGACCUAACGAGCUAUCUUCACAAUGUCUUGAUGUUCUAGAGGUGGAGGGACAUGGUUAUGUCGUGUACCUUUCAUCUAGCAAUGUGGUGUUACUGGAUGAACGACUGAAUCUGAAAGAGACACUGGUAUUCUGGGAUGCCUUACCUCAUAGGGCAUCCUCGUCUACUUCUCAAACUCAGGUUCAAGGUGUUAAAUGUGAUCCUGCUGAAUGUUUGAUACUUGCCUGGAGUGACACUCAUGUGGUCAUCUGGCAAUAUUCCAAAAGAAGAUGGACGGUUCACUCCACUAUUCUUUCAUCGAAUCCUAUCACACGUUUGGACUUUCAGCAUGGUACGCUCGUGCUUGGCACUUCAGCAGGAAUGGAAGUAUGGCGCAUGGACCCUUCAGCUCAAGUCACCGUCUGGGAUAGAUUGUGGGAGAGGGCUUAUCCCGCACCAACCUCCAUUCAACUUUCGCCUGUUCUUGGACACAUUGCAUGGAUCGUCAAAGAUCAAAAAGGAGUAUAUAUCCUAGGAAUGGACAGAGCUGGACAACCAAUGGGUGUUCCUCAAGAGAUGCGUCAUCCAAGAGAAGUGGAAUGUAUCUCAUGGCGAAAACCGAAUGGGGAUGCUCAUCUGUAUACAAUUACAACCAAUUCUGUCUUGAGAAUAUACUCGCCUGUACUCGAUGAUCCCACUUGGUUCCAACUACUCUCUACCAUCGGACCCGACGCUUUCACCCGUUCCUUGCAUGUCACUUCCGCCAACUCAAGUGAAGCAAAAACCAUCAUACAUCCUUUUGGCGUUAUAUGGCCUCUUGAUGCCGAUGUUCUGAGACAAAACCUCAAAGCAAUGCAAGAUACUUCAACGGCAGAUCAUGGAUCUGACAAUCAAGUGUCUAAAAUGAUCCAUGCUCUGCGUAAUGAAGAGAGUGACGUCGUUGCUUGGCUCUCACCCCAAGGCGAGCUCGUUUUACGGUCAAUCAUCAAUAUGGAUCGCAAACCUCCCACACUACUACGAUCACUCCCUCUGUCAAACAUACGGCUCUCCCCCUCGUCAUUGCCUUUCCUUACUUCACCAGUCGCCCGUCUUCUACACACUCCAAAUACGGGUCUUACUGUCGUCUCCUUGUCUUCCGGUCGGAUCACAGCCCAUCGAUUCUCCCUCACCAAAGUUCUUGCCAAAGAUCCUUCAGGUAUACAGCUCCUGGUUGGUUCAUCAGAUUCACAAGUAGAGCUCAGUCAGCGUGUAAGGCAAUUUGUGCGUACCCCCAACGGACGUGGACUGUUGGUGGUCGGCGAGGAAGGCGAGAUAGGGGCGUGGUACAAACGACGAAAUGGCGAAACACUCACAGGCCAGAAUUCAGCCGCUUUACAGGGGCGCGGACUGUUCAAAAUCGACCCUCGUCCACAUCGGAUAGCCAUAUUUGCCAAAGGGAGAGGAAUCGUCACUUUCUUUCGCGAUAAAGCAGGAGGUCAUGUGGCUCUCCAGCACCUCGACGACGGACAAUUAUCCCCGACAGAACCCGUGCUGCUCCCGGAUUUCUCUCUGGCCGAAGAUGACGACAUCAAAAUGCUAUUAGCGGUAUCUGAUGUGGAUGAUGGCUAUGAAUCACGACGACGUAAAACUCAAAGGGCUAUUGUCGUCGCUUGUUCUGCUUCGGGACGAGCUUGGGUCUGGCGUGUUAUCUCUCCUCGCGAUCCUACAUCUGCAUCAGAGCUGGCUUUUUCGGACUCCACAUCGAAAGUGACCAGCGCAAAACCAGAAGUGCACUUGAUCUCGACAUAUUCUCUGCCAAUCGAGUCGUCAGCAAUUCAUCCUCACGAUAAGCCGGCCUUGGUCCUCCCUGUCGACCCCAUGGGCUGGCACCAGAAUAUCGUGGACUGGACCAUGGACACGCCGCUGCAAGAUAUGGUACUUACCGUGACAGUAGAUGGGUGUUUGGAGUUUUGGAGACCGCACAUGGGUCAACACCAUCAACUCAGCACCAACGCCCGGCCCACCCGGAUCAAUGGGACGAGGUUCGUGGGGAAGGGUGAAAGUCCGAUCAUGGAUGGCCGUCUUGUCAAUGGGAUGAGGAAUGUUGAGCAUGGAGCUUGGGAAAGAAGUGGGAUCGUACGUACGGGGAAGAAUGGGGUGUUGAUGGCUCGAUGUAGUUCGAGGAAGAAGACUGUCCUGGUUUGCCAAACACCUAGCGGAAAACAAGAGAUGACCAUCUGGGAUUCCAACGUCUCCGAGUUCUCUACCGGUCUCGAGUCAUCGGUGGAAUACGAGUACCUGAUCAUCAGUGAACCUAUUCAAGAUCUCGAUUGGACAACCACCUCUGAUCUCCAAUCCGUCUUAGCUGUGGGCUACAAACAUCGGGUCGUUCUCAUUUGUGAACAACGCUUGUCAUAUGUCGACCCUACCCCCGGCUGGGCACCAUUCCUCACGAUCGAUAUGCUACAAUACGACCCACGACCUAUAUGCGAUUCCAUCUGGCUUGCUGGAGGCUCGUUGGCCAUUGGAGCAGGUAACCAUAUUUAUCUCUUUAGUAGAUUUCUCGAUAGAGGUUCACCGGAACCCAGUCCAGCACCGUCGAUCAAGAGUAGCGGGACCGUUGUGGGACCGGAAGAACCGGAAGAUAUCUUCCAGUUGAUCGCUCAUCAGAAUGGACCGUUGUGGGAUUGUCAUCCGACCGUAUUGGGGCAAUGUCUCUUGUGGAACAAGAUAGAUCUCGUCAAAACAAUCCUCAUCACUCUCGCUACAAGCCUUCGAGAAGCUCAAGAAGCAGGUAGAAGACGUCUUCGAAUGAAACGUCUCGAUCCUUCAGAAUUCUAUGCUGUGCAACGGGGGAAGACACAGGUCAAAGCAGCGACAGAUAGUCGAUACGAUGGCCUCUUCUCCACCCAGAUCGACCUUGAGACGAAUGAGGAUGAUCCUUUCACCUCUGCUCUCGUUCGGAACCUCAUUGAGCGGUUGGACGGGCCGGUGCGAUUACCCCUGGAUGAUUUUGAGAAAUCGAUGUUGGCUACGGUCGCUCAGGGUACUCUGGAGGUUGAAGAACUCCGACGUUCCUUGGACCAUUGCGGUCUUCGUUAUCUUUUAUCCCUCCGGUUCUUCGUCAACUACAAUCGCCGUGCCUCUACUAGCGGAGCCAAUACCCCGCUCUCUUCUGGAAUGUCUGGUCAGCUUCGACCACAACAACGGUUGUCGUUCCGAAAUAUCGUAUGGGCUAUGCAUAGCGAAUCACAGGAGCUGCUCUUGAACGCCGCUACGAAUACCUGUAUGAACGGAAAGAUGUUAUGGGGUGAAGCAAAGAAUUUAGGGGUUUUUCUGUGGUUGCGGUCUGCCGAGGUUGUCCGCAACCAGAUGGAACUCGUAGCGCGAAACCGAUUCAUGUUAGAUGAAGAUCGAGACCCUACCAGCUGCUCCCUCAUUUUCUUCGCAUUGGGAAAGAAAAAAGUGGUGCAUGGUCUAUGGAGGCAGGCUCCGGGACAUAAAGAACAAACUGCGAUGUUGAAGUUUCUGGCGAAUGAUUUUGAUACGGAGAGGUGGAAGACGGCGGCUGUGAAGAAUGCUUAUGCGUUAUUAAGCAAGCAGAGGUAUGAGUACGCAGCGGCAUUCUUCAUGCUCGCUGGCAAGCCCCAAGACGCUAUCAACAUUUGUCUUCGACAAUUAGCCGACUGGCAGCUUGCUUUCGCCCUUGCUCGUGUAGUCGAAGGUAGUACCGACGGUCCGCUCGUUCGAUCCGUAUUGUCUGACACCGUCGUCCCGCUGGCAUUUGCCGGAGGCCAUAGAUGGCUAGCCACAUGGGCAUUCUGGCUUCUUGGAAGAAGAGAUCUGGCCGUGCGGGUUUUGCUCUCUCCUAUGGACGACGUGGCUUAUGACUGGUCGCCAGAGAACGAAUUGAGCGUAGGGAACCCAGAGAACGACGAUCCGUCAUUAUUACUUCUCUUCCAACAUUUAAAGUCGAAAUCGCUGCAGACUGCUAAAGGAACGAAUGAGAUUCCGGAGAAAGUUGAAUUUGAUUUUGUUCUUCAUAACGCCAGGGUAUUCUUCCGCAUGGGAUGUCACGCCCUAGCUCUGGACUUACUCCGAUCAUGGAACUUUGACCGACCUUUUUUCCCUCACAAACCUAUUCGAUCCCGUCGACCUUCGUCCAUGGGCACUCCCGCCAGUCCCUCGAGAUCUUUAUCCACCCCACAUUCUGCUCGUCGACCAAGCUUCUUGCUCAGCUCUCAUGGGAGACACGAAAGUAUGUUCAUGGAUCUGGACGUGUUGGCCGAGGCGGAUCCUUCUGAACCUGUCACUAGAGUUCCUUCACCCACCCCGAUCUUUCAAAACACUGCAGAUCCAGAAACUCCGGAUUUGAUAGAGAUCCGGGAAGAAUUGGAGAAAGAGAUGAAACCUAGGAAAAUGGGAAACUUGAUGAAAGAACUGAAACAGGAUGUGAGACAAGGUGCUGCAGAAUUCGAUAUGGAUUCUUUCUUUUGA